GCGCCGCGCCGCGCCCGCGCACCAGCCGCAGCGCCGCCUCCGCUCCAGCCACCGCCGCUACUCCUCGUAAUUGUUACACAGACGAGUUCAAUAAUUAAGCGAUAAAUAUACCAGCAGUGGUGCGGCGAGAGGAGGGAGGCAGUCGAGCGGCGGCCGCGUCGCGCACCACACACCCGCGCCGAGUGAUGGACCCGAAGUCCAUUCGACAUUUUUCUAUCGGACGCCGUAGGAAUCUCGCCGGACUGGUUCCCGCGCAACGCUGCGUUAGUGCGCCGCUCUGGUGAACCCUUUCGCCUGUAAAUGUGCCGAUAUUUACAUAUAUGCGCGCUCGUUCUCGCGUCGAACUUUCGAUCCGCGCCCGACGUCCGCCGUGGCCGCAGCCGGCGCCGCGCCGCCGUAGCCAGCCCGCCAGCCUGCCCGCUGUCCUCUGCUGAGCCGCCGCUAGCGCUCCCCUGAUGUCCGCACCCCGCAGGGACAGGCGAUGAGAUACUUCCACUGUACCUGUUUCGAUGCUCAACUUCUGUGCACCCAAACAGGUGGGUCGAGGAAAAUUAUGCGUGGGGCGUGCGCGUGCGCGGUGGUGUGCGCGCUGGUGGCGCUGUGCGCGGCGGCGGCGGCGCGGCUGGACGAGGCCACGCGCGCCGCCGCCGAGCGGCAGCUGCUGGCGCUGCUGGGCCUGCCGCGCCGGCCCGCGCGACGGGCCGCGCCGCCGCCGCCCGUGCCGCGCGCCAUGCGCUUGCUGUACGAGGCGCGUGGCGCCAUGCCCGCGCCCGCCGCCAACACGGCGCGCUCCUACCACCACACGCCCACCGUAGUGGACGCGCGCUUCCCCAACGAGCACCGCUUCCGCCUCUACUUUAACCUGAGCGCCGUGCCCGCAGACGAGGUGGCGCGCGGCGCCGACGUCACCUUCCAUCGGCACGCGGCCGCAGAGGGUGCGCAGCGCCUGCUGCUGUACGACGUAGUACGGCCCGGCAGGCGCGGCCGCAGCGAGCCGCUUCUGCGACUGCUCGAUUCGGUGCCGUUGCGCCCGGGCGACGACAUAGUCACGGCGGACGCGCUUGGCGCCACGCGUCGCUGGCUCCUCGAGCCUCAACAUAAUCAUGGACUAUUAGUGCGAGUGAUUGAAGAAGGCGCGCCAGACAAGGACGCGCGAGUGCCGCAUGUGCGCGUGCGAAGACGUAUCGGCGAAGAGGAGAGCGCGUGGAGUGCGCUGCAGCCACUGCUGCUGCUGUACACGGAGGACGCGCGGGCGCGGGCGGCGCGCGAGGCGGGUGAGACGCGGCUGGUGCGCAACAAGCGCGCGGCGGCGCGGCGCGGCCACCGCGCGCACCACCGCCGCAAGGAGGCGCGCGAGAUCUGCCAGCGCCGGCCACUAUUCGUGGAUUUCGCCGACGUGGGUUGGAGCGACUGGAUCGUGGCGCCGCACGGCUACGACGCGUACUACUGCCAGGGCGACUGCCCGUUCCCGCUGGCCGACCACCUUAACGGCACGAACCACGCCAUCGUGCAGACGCUCGUCAACUCGGUGAACCCGGCCGCCGUGCCCAAGGCAUGCUGCGUGCCUACGCAGCUCUCCUCCAUUUCCAUGCUCUACAUGGACGAAGUGAAUAAUGUGGUGCUCAAAAACUAUCAGGACAUGAUGGUGGUGGGCUGCGGCUGCCGAUGACAGCCGCCCCCCCGGUGCCAGUGCGGACCUAGUGAUAUCUCGUGGACCCAGUGUAAAUAUAGUAGCGGCCUCGACUCUUGUACAUACAUUAUUUGUGUAUAUAUUCGUGUAAUUAUUAUUUUAUUGAAAUGAUGAUGAUAUAAUAAAAUAAAAGAUUUAAUUUUGUA